AUGGGAAGCUGCGGUAAUCGUUAUUGUCUUUCGUCCGUGUUUAAACGUCUUUCGGUCCCUUACUGCGCCAUGAUGGGACCUCAGAAGCCCCACGUGCCCCUCAGCCCUCAGAAGCUGGUCCAGUACACAUCAAAGGGGCUGCGAUGCGGGGUCGCCACAGCGCUUUUGACCGUCUCGAGCUCUUUUAUGCUGUCUGAGGCGACACAACAGCAGCGCCAUCACCGUGAGGAAGAAGCUGUGGGCAUUAUGGACACAUCGGCAGUGGCCGUUGCCAUUGGACUUGCUUGUGUCGCGAUUGCGGGCGCCUUCUACUUCUUCAAGGACCGUUUUUACAGCUCAACAUCAAGCUCGCCGCAGUCGCGGACUGGCGAAGCCCGCAGGCGGAAUGUAGACCGGUCGGCUUUGGAGGAACUCAUGGCCGGGGGCGCAGGAGCCUCCGCAGCCCGGAGCUCCACAUACGCCACCAGUACAGACCUUCAAGCGGCUCAGAAGAAAAAGGAAGAGCGGGAGCAGCGUCGCGAGCAAAGGCGGCAGCAGGGAGAAGCCGCAGCUCUGGCGGCAGCAGCUGCAGCCGCUGCUGCUGCUGCCGAAGCUGCAUCAGAGUCGGAUCAUGAGGGCGCGGCACAUAUGUCUAACAAGCAGGCAAAGCAGGAGGCAUACAGGAAGCGUCAGGCUGAGAGAGACAGGCUGCGAGCUGAACGCGAAGCUGAAGAGGAACGAUUAGCUGAAGAAAAGCGAAAAAAAGAACAGGAGGAAUACGAAGAAUGGAAGAAAACGUUUGAAGUUGAGGCCGAGGGAGAGCUGCACGUCACCCCGGAGGAAGAGGCCAAACGACUGGAGCAAUUUUUGAGUUUUAUUCGAAUGCGCAAAGCUGUUGAGCUAGAUGAAAUAGCGGCGGAGUUCGGUCUUAAAACGAAGGAUUGCGUGAAACGGAUAGAAUGCCUGCAGGAAGGGGGCCGACUGUGUGGAGUGUUGGACGACCGCGGGCGUUUCCUUUGUGUGACAAAAGAGGAGUUGCACAAGUUGGCAGAGGCACUAAAGAGCCAAGGCCGCUUCAGCAAGGAGACGGACCUUGUCUCCAUUUGUAACCGCAUCAUCCGCCUAACCCCAUCUGACGAGGACAAGGCCAAGAUAGAGGAGGAACAGCGUACAUCCAUGAAGCUUAUUGAGCUCGCAGCUGCUGAGGAGUAG